CGAUCAGGGUGAGCCCUAGCAGGGCGCUGAGAGAAAUCAGCUGUGGGGCCCACUGUGGACCACAUUUCCCAGAGGGCCUAGCGGCCGGUCGCUCUUCUCGCAGGAACUCGAAAUUUGCGUCACGCCUGGCGGGACUGUUAGAUCCAUGAGGUGGGCGAUCGUGGGCCCGUGGGGCACUGGUUCAGCUCUGCGGGUUGGGAUCCUGGGGGACCUGGAGGAGGCUGAAAUUGAGGAGGCCAGAGGCUGAUACGGAGGCUGGUGCUUGUGCCUGUGCGGGCGGAACGGACUGAAAAAGGGGAGAUUUUGCGACCCUUUUGCAUAUGGGGUUGUGACCGUGUGUCCCUAUGGUGGUGUGUGAUUGUGACCACGCGACACUAGGAUACCUGCGGCUAUGCGAAUGUAACAUGUGUUCCAUGUUCUACCCUUUGCCAAGUGAGGAGCAGAAGAGAAGGAAAGAAUGCAUGCUGAACUUCUACAAGCAGUGUCCAAAGCAUCAAUGAUGUUCAGGGAUGUGUCUAUAAACUUCUCUCAGGAGGAAUGGGAAUGUCUGGACUCUGGUCAGAUGAAUUUAUACAAAGAAGUUAUGUUGGAGAAUUUCAGCAACCUGGUUUCAGUGGGACUUUCCAAUUCUAAGCCAGCUGUGAUCACCUUAUUGGAACAAGGAAAACAGCCCUGGAUGGUUGACAGAGAGCUGACGAAAGGCCUUUGUUCAGAUCUGGAAUCCAUGUGUGAGACCCAGUUAUUAUCCCUAAAGAAGAGACAUUUUAGUCAAGGAAUAUUUACCCAUGAAGACAUACCCACUUUUAUUCCACCCACAUUUCUCAUACCAUAUCAAAAAACUAUUAAUGAAGAGAAACCCUGUGGAUGUAAAAUAUGUGAAAAGGGCUUUAAUCAAAACCCACACUUUACUCAACAUCAGAGAAUUCAUUCUGCUGAAAAAAACUAUGAAUGUAAGGAGUGUGGGAAAUCCUUUAGUCGUGGCUCACUUGUUACUCGACAUCAGAGGAUUCACACUGGUGAAAAACCUUAUGAAUGUAAAGAAUGUGGCAAGGCUUUUAGUUGUAGUUCAUAUUUUUCUCAACAUCAGAGGAUUCACACUGGUGAAAAACCCUAUGAAUGUAAGGAAUGUGGGAAAGCCUUUAAUUACUGCUCAAAUCUUAAUGAUCAUCAGAGAAUUCACACUGGUGAAAAACCGUAUGAAUGUAAAGUAUGUGGAAAAGCCUUUACUAAGAGUUCGCAACUUUUUCCACAUCUGAGAAUUCAUACAGGUGAAAAACCUUAUGAAUGUAAGGAAUGUGGGAAAGCCUUUACUCAACAUUCAAGGCUUAUUCAACAUCAAAGAAUGCAUACUGGUGAGAAACCUUAUGAAUGCAAGGAAUGUGGGAAGGCCUUUAGUAGUGCCUCAACGCUUACUAACCAUCACAGAAUUCAUGUUGGCAAGAAACUCUAUGAAUGUAAAGAAUGUGGAAAAGCCUUUAUUCAGAGCUCAGAACUUAUUCAACAUCAGAGAAUCCAUACAGAUGAAAAACCAUAUGAAUGUAAUGAAUGUGGAAGGGCUUUCAAUAAAGGCUCAAACCUUACUCGACAUCAAAGAAUUCACACUGGUGAGAAACCUUAUGACUGUAAGGAAUGUGGAAAGGCCUUUGGUAGUCGCUCUGAUCUCAUUCGCCAUGAAGGAAUUCAUAUUGGAUAAAUGGUAGGCCCUUUUGAAAAUCUUUAUAAUAUUUUUUAAAAACAGAUGAUGCAAAAAAUAAGCCAAAAAACAACCAAAACAAAAACAGACAAUGCAUGGUCAAAUAUUCCACUGUGUAGUAGUUUUCUAAGGCUAUGUUAACAAAGUACUGAGUACCACAAAAUUAGAUGGCUUAAAACAACAGAGACCUAUUCUCUCAGUUUUUUAGUCUUAAAACCCCAAAUCAAAGUUGUUGGCAACGUUGGUUCCUUCUGGGGAUUUUGAGGAAGAAUCUAUUCUAUGCCCUUCUCCUAUCUUGUCCUAACAGCAAUUUUGGACAUUCCUUGGCUUGUAGAGGAAUCGCUCCAAUCUCUGCUUCCAUCUUCACAUUGCAUUCUCUCUGUGUUUCUGACUUUUCUUUUAUGGACACAGGUCAUCUUGGAUUAAGGCUCACCCUAAGAAUGUCACCUUAAUUUGAUUAUAUCUAAAGACCUUAUUUCCAUCUAAGAUUACAUUCACAGAUACAAGGGAUAGGACUUCAACAUAGUUUAAGCCAUUACACUGUUAACUCUUUUCUAAUGUAUUUGUAAUUUCAUACAUAGCAUUGAUCAAAUAAAUAUAUUUUAAAAUAUGAAUUCAAGGUCUAAAUCAAACUCUUCCUCCCAAAAGAAAGAGUCUAUCCCAAAACUACUUAUUCCAUUAUUCCUUCCCAGUUACUCUCCAUUUUGGUUAUAUGUUUGUAUUAGCAUAUGUUUUAGGGCCAUCUUUUCUAUUUCUGUAGCUAGAGAAUACUACACUUUAAAUUGUGUAACAUAGGCUGUCUCUGAUUCAUGGUGGAAUUAUAACUUUUUUUUGAAGGUAGCUUUAUUUUCUCAUUUUGUAAAAUUAAUUUUUUUAUUGUAAAAAAAA